ACAUUAAUACUGACGUAGAUGUUAAAACAGAAGAUCUGAGUGUAACGUGUCAGCUGGAAGCUCCAAUGCAGGAAUUGUGUGACCGUGACAAUGAAGGUGAAAAAGAUGCUAACAUUUUAUGUAACACAGAACAAGCAGAAGAUCAGGGGCUAGCAAAUAUGCCAGAAGCUGCAAAGCAGGAAAUAUGUGACAAUAUAAGUACAGGUGAAAACGAUGCUAAGAUUUCAUGUAACAUGGGACAAACAGAAGAUCAGUGGCUAAGAAAUGUCCAACCAUCAGAGCAGGAAAUUUGUGCCAAUAUAAGUACAGGUGAAUUCACAAACUGCAUUAAUCCUAGUCAUGAUCAGAGUGCAGAUGCUUCUUUACAUCUUCUUCAUACAGGAGAAAAGCCAUUUUCCUGUCCUAUAUGUGGGAAAUGUUUUAACUGUAAAACAAUUCUUCUUGCUCAUCAGAAAAUGCAUACAGGAGAAAAAGAAUUUUCAUGUUCUGAUUGUGGGAAAUGCUUUAAUCAGAAAUCAAAUAUUAUUCGGCAUCAGAAAAUUCAUAAAGGGGAGAAAGGAUUUUCGUGUCCUGACUGUGGGAAAUUUUUUAAUUGGAAAUCAUAUCUUCUUAACCAUCAGAAAAUGCAUGCAGGAGAAAAAGCAUUUUCGUGUUCUGACUGUGGAAAAUGUUUUACUCGGAAAUCAACUCUUCUUUUGCAUCAAAAAAUUCAUACAGGGGAGAAAGCAUUUUCAUGUUCUGACUGUGGGAAAUGUUUUACUCGGAAAUCAAAUCUCAUUACACAUCAGAAAAUGCAUACAGGAGAAAAAGCAUUUUCGUGUUCUGACUGUGGAAAAUGUUUCACUCAGAAAUCAACUCUUCUUAUGCAUCAAAAAAUUCAUACGGGGGAGAAAGCAUUUUCGUGUUCUGACUGUGGAAAAUGUUUCACUCAGAAAUCAACUCUUCUUAUGCAUCAAAAAAUUCAUACGGGGGAGAAAGCAUUUUCAUGUUCUGACUGUGGGAAAUGUUUUACUUUGAAAUCAAAUCUCAUUAAACAUCAGAAAAUUCAUACAGGGGAGAAAGCAUUUUCGUGUUCUGACUGUGGAAAAUGCUUCACUCAGAAAUCAACUCUUCUUAAACAUCAAAAAAUUCAUACGGGGGAGAAAGCAUUUUCAUGUUCUGACUGUGGGAAAUAAUUUACUCAGAAAUCAACUCUUAUGCAUCAAAAAAUUCAUACAGGGGGGAAAAGGAUUUCCAUGUUCUGACUGUGGAAAAUGUUUUAUCCUGAAAUCAUAUCUUAUUAGGCAUCAGAAAAUUCAUACAGGGGAGAAAGCAUUUUUAUAUUCUGACUGUGGGAAAUGUUUUACUCUGAAAUCACAUCUGCUUAGCCAUCAGAAAACGCAUACAGUAGAAAAAGCAUUUUCGUGUUCUGACUGUGCGAAAUGUUUUACUCAGAAAUCACAUCUUAUUAGGCAUCAGAAAACUCAUAUUAAAAGAAAUCAGAGUUUAACCUCCUAAGUGCAAAGGAAUAAUAUGGUAGU